AUUUGUUUUGGGUUCGGGUCGGAGACCUAACUUUCAAUCCCAACCUGAUGACAGAGCUAGGAGGAAACCACAAGGAGGGAGAGAGAUAGCGUUCUUUUGCGAUGCGGUACUUAUCCGGAGGAGGAAAACUUUCUAGACAAGAAGCAGGUUUUCCCUUCAUUUCAUGCUAAGAAAUCCCUUUUUGGACUUCCCAAAGAGCCAACGGAUGAGAAAAUCUUAAGCGGGUGCAAGGUUUUAUUUUUUGGUUCGGAUACAUGGAGGACGAACGAUAGAGUAAAUACUGCACACUCGGUGAACUAGUAAGGCUAUGGAAGUGGUGGUGGUGUUGGCUCAGGCCACUCCAUUCACCUCAGUCUCUGCCGGCUGUCUAAGGCACCGGGUAAAGCCUUUCAAGCAGCACAGGCCAUUAACGUUUAGUUGGCCACUGCCUAAAAGAUCUCAGAACCGUCUAGCUUCACCAUGUUCAGUCAAGGUCUCAACCACAGAGCAGUUUGGUGAGUCUAGUAAGGCCAAAUGUGAUACAAGAAAGUCAUCAAUGAACCUUUUGGAGCUUCUUUUUGAACCUGUUAAAGAUUUCCAUUGGAAGAAAGCAGGAACUGCUUUGCGACAGAGUGCAAAUUCUUUUGGAUUGAAGACACUGAAGUGGUCCUUGGUUAUUUUCUUUGUAAUCAGCUUCGUGUCUGAUAUCUCAGUUUCCAUUCUUAGAAAUAGAGAAUUGAUCAUUCCGGUUGGUCUAUUUAUUGGGUGCAUGUUGGCUGAAUUCUUGAAGGAAAUGUCAAGUGAGCUGGUGAAAAUCAAACAGGUUGCACAGGAAGGAGACAACCCGUGGCAACUUGCUUUUCUCGCUGGUUUUUUCCUUGUAGUUAGGCUUUGCUUCCAAGGUAAUCUGUUUCUUUCGCAUAUCUGCAAUGGUGGACUGAUGCAAAUACUAUGGUGGGGCAAGAAGCUGCAGGUAGUAAAUGCUGAAGAGGGGCAACAUUCAAAUGCUUCUGUCGUUGGAGAUGAGAAAAUCCCUGAGAACUGAUAAAUGAAUCAAAAACUUGUAUAGGCUGAGGUGUCAUGAAUUUUGUGUUUUAUUUGUUGAUCAUGGGAAUGUACCGUUAAUAGAGGUUCUUUUAGACUAGUGGUAUGAUUAUGCUGUGA